UUACUUGUUACAAGUUACAACCCCUAUACACCACUUAAAUGGUCACUUUCCAAGAUCAGGUAAACCAAACCCGGUUAUCAAGCCAGAGAAAGAGCGGUUACAACCCUCGAACCGGGGUCUACAACUCCCUGAUCAAGCUCAAAGGAAAACACAAGAUUCCAACUAAGGUCCGGCUCGACACAGCUUCAUUUGUGUUGUCUCAGUUCUCGAAGCUAGACCUCGCCGAGUCAAGGGUUGCACUUAUAGACUCAGCCACGAAUCGCCGAGUCACUUAUGGUCAACUCAAACGGUCGGUCUACUCGUUAGCAGCCGGAUUGUACCAUGGGCUCGGGGUUCGUAAGGGGGAUGUAGUGUUUCUUUUAUCACCAAACUCAACGCUCUACCCAACCAUAUGUCUAGCCAUACUCUUAAUCGGUGGAGUGGUUACAACCGCCAACCCAGUCAGUACCGUAUCAGAGCUAACCAAACAAGUACUUGACUCGGGUGCAAAACUAGCCAUUGCUGCGCCUGAAGAGAAGCACAAACUACUUUCAACUGGGGUUCCAACCGUAGCCACAACCCGUGAGCCCUCAAGUGGCAAUGAACUCUCGGUCGAAGAGUUAAUUGAUUGCUGUGAGUCGAUGGUGUUGCCGGAAAACCACGUGGAUCAGUCGGAUACGGCAGCGGUUCUAUACUCUUCCGGGACCACCGGGACUAGUAAAGGUGUGAUAUUAACACACAGGAGUCUUAUUUCGACGAUUACAAUACUCAAAUGGGCAGUUGAUAUUUCAUCAGCCAAAGAUGAUAUUUUUCUAUGUUUUAUACCCAUGUUUCAUAUAUACGGGUUAGCCUUUUUCGGGUUCGGUUUGUUAUGUGCUGGCACAACAACGGUGUUAAUGCAACGGUUUGACUUAAAAGGCAUGUUAGAAGCAAUACAAACUUAUAAAGUUAAUAACAUUCCAGCUGUACCUCCUGUUAUAUUAAGUUUGGUGAAGUACAACGGUGGUGGUUAUGACUUGUCAUCUUUGCGAAGCGUGGGUUCAGGUGCCGCACCAUUGAGCAAGCACCUGGCUCAUCAGUUCAGAGCAAAGUUCCCGUGGGUUGAACUGAAGCCGGGGUAUGGGCUCACCGAGAGCUGCGGGGCGGCAUCAUAUUUUGUUACCGCUGAGGAAGCUAAAGCUCGGUCAGCAGCUUCGGGAGCUUUACUGCCAAGUUUUUGUGCUAAGGUGGUUGAUCCAGUCACCAAGAUGGCAAUGGGUCCGUAUGGUGAAGGUGAGCUGUGGUUAAAGGGACCGGCUGUGAUGAAAGGUUAUUUAGGAAACAAGGUGGCAACAUCUGAAACCAUUGACUCGGAUGGGUGGUUGAGGACCGGUGAUCUUUGUUACUUUGAUGAAGAUGGGUAUCUUUUUAUUGUUGAUAGAAUAAAGGAACUCAUAAAAUACAAUGGGUAUCAGGUAGCUCCAGCAGAACUGGAAGCCAUACUACUUAAUCAUCCCGAUAUACUUGAUGCGGCAGUUAUACCACUUGAAGAUGAAGAGGCAGGACAGGUACCUAUGGCAUACAUAGUUAAGGCAAGAGGUUCCGAGCUCAGUGAGGACCAAGUCAUGCAAUUUAUUGCUGCCCAGGUGGCUCCAUACAAGAAGAUCAAGAAAGUAGCUUUCAUUGAUGAAAUUCCGAAGUCUGUUGCUGGUAAGAUUCUGAGGAAGGAUUUAGUGGCACAAAGCAAACAGAACAUUAGAUCGAAACUGUAAUAAAGAUGAAAGUUUCACUGUGUAAUUACAUAUGUAAUUAUGUUGUC